AAUAGUUGGUAUGCAAAUAAAGAAGCAGAAUAAGCUGAGAUAGUAAGUAAAGGCCAAAUGUAAGUACACACAGAAUUUAAGGUGGUUGAAAGCAGUUAGGCUGCCAGCUAGUUCCGCUCACGGCAUUCAAUUCCCCUUGACACGAUCGAGAAUAUCCUGUGCGUGCCGGACUAUACCACUCGGUGCACCCGCGCAUUCCAUUUACCGUUGAAAACACACGAAUCUGAACAUCUUUACCGAAAAUCAACGUCGAAUCGAAUCUCAAAAAAGCCCAACCCCUUUUUGAAAGCUCCGAUUCUCUGCUCCACUUUGCUCGGAGACGUUCAAUUCUGAGUUGAUCAAGUUUGUUCCUUCUCAUAUUCACCCCGAAUUCCCACUCUUGCGAUUCCUUUUUUUAUUCAUUCAUGGCUGGAAAUUGUUCCAGGAUUCCAAUUCCUCUACUUUUAUCUUUUCUCCAUCUAUAUAUAGGCGGUGAAGAUCAACUCCUUUCAUCGGUUUGUUCAAGAGGCUGCAGAUUCGCCGGGCUUCAUUUUGAUCAGCACCGCCUGGCUUUCAACUUCUUGGUGAUAUAACAUGGGCAAUGAAUCGGGCAAUAGUAAUGGGCAAAAUGAUCCUGCUGCGGCAAUACGCAAUGGGAAAGAAGUUCUAUUACAGGCCUUCAAUUGGGAGUCUCAUAAACAUGAUUGGUGGAGGAACUUAGAGCAAAAGAUUCCUGAUAUAGCAAAAUCUGGUUUUACAUCAGCUUGGUUGCCCCCACCAACUCAUUCAUUUGCACCAGAAGGUUAUCUUCCCCAGAACCUUUAUUCCCUUAACUCUUCAUAUGGUUCUGAGAACCUGCUCAAAGCUUUACUGAACAAGAUGAAAACAUACAAAGUUAGAGCAAUGGCUGAUAUAGUUAUAAAUCAUCGAGUUGGUACCACACAAGGGCAUGGUGGAAUGUACAACCGCUAUGAUGGAAUCCCAUUAUCAUGGGAUGAACGUGCUGUUACUGGCUGCACUGGAGGAAAGGGAAACAAAAGUACCGGGGACAAUUUUCACGGGGUCCCAAAUAUUGAUCAUACACAAGACUUUGUAAGGAAAGACAUUAAGGACUGGCUUCGAUGGUUAAGGAAUACUGUUGGGUUCCAGGAUUUUCGCUUUGAUUUUGCUAGAGGUUAUUCUCCAAAAUACGUGAAAGAAUAUAUUGAGGGUGCAAAGCCAAUCUUUUCUGUUGGGGAAUAUUGGGAUUCUUGCAACUACAAAGGCACAUACUUGGAGUAUAAUCAAGAUAGCCACAGGCAAAGGAUUAUUAACUGGAUUGAUAGCACAGGACAACUAUCAGCUGCAUUUGACUUCACAACAAAGGGGAUUCUGCAGCAAGCUGUUAAAGGAGAACUCUGGCGCUUGCGUGAUCCUCAAGGGAAGCCUCCAGGUGUCAUGGGAUGGUGGCCUUCAAGGGCUGUCACAUUUCUAGAUAACCAUGACACUGGUUCAACUCAGGCGCAUUGGCCGUUUCCAUCAAAUCAUAUUAUGGAGGGCUAUGUGUACAUACUCACACAUCCAGGGAUACCUUCAGUAUUCUACGACCAUUUCUACGACUGGGGUAGUUCAUACCACGACCAGAUUGUGAAGCUGAUUGAUAUUAGGAGAAAUGAAGGAAUAAACAGUCGGUCACCAAUUAAGAUCCUAGAAGCACAGCCAAAUCUCUACGCUGCAAAUAUCGGGGAUAAAAUAGCUAUGAAGAUUGGAGAUGGAUCAUGGUCUCCUUCUGGAAAGGAAUGGACUCUGGCAACUAGUGGUAACAGAUACGCUGUCUGGAGGAAGUAGCUCUCGGGUUCUUCUAAGCAGUAAGCUAUGCUAAGAGUUGCAACUUUUUACAUUUAUAGGUGCUUCGCUCUAAAUUCUCCCUUUGCCUUGUUUCUCUCUUUUGGGGCAUUGUCAUGUUUCGGAUAUUAUUUCUGUUUUACUCAUUUCUUGCAUGGAGACUGGAGAGAUGGGGCUUUUGUUUAAAUAAGGCCCUCAUUCUCAUUGGCCAUUUGAUUGAUGCUGGAAAUAAAGAACAAGACUGUAUUAUAACAUUGUCAAGUGGUUACUACAUUUUAUAA